GUACCAAAAUUCUAACGACCAGAUAGAUAAUAAUCAAACAAGACAUAACCUUGUCACUACCAAAGCGUUGGCAUUCGCCGCCACCUCUACAACACCCCACGCGCCAAUCAUCCAAACCCCACGCGCCGCCCCCACCACCACCACAUAGCAGCUCACCACCAUCUCCCCACACCCUUUUGUCCUCACAUCUCCAAACCCACCUCAAAACCAAGAUCUGAACACUCCAAUUCUCAUAAAGUUUCAAACUUUAUUUAUGAACAACAACAACAACAACAACAAUAAUCAAUGGGAGGAGUGACGUCAUCAAUUGCUGCAAAGUUUGCAUUUUUCCCACCCACUCCGCCGUCGUACACGGUGGAGGACGACGGUGGUGGUCAGCUGGUUAUCCCGGAGGUGCCACGGAGGGAGGGUGUGGAUGUAUUGAAGCUUAGAACUAAAAAGGGGAAUGAGAUUGUGACUGUUUAUAUUAAGCAUCCUAAAGCUAAUGCUACCCUUUUGUAUUCUCAUGGUAAUGCUGCUGAUUUGGGUCAAAUGUUUGAGCUUUUUGUGGAGUUGAGCCUUCGUCUCCGAGUUAAUCUUGUUGGAUACGACUACUCUGGCUAUGGGCAAUCAACCGGAAAGCCAUCCGAGUGCAAUACAUACGCGGACGUUGACGCAGUGUAUAAAUGCCUCAAGGAGAAAUACGGUGUUAAAGAUGACCAACUAAUCGUAUACGGUCAAUCUGUUGGUAGCGGUCCCACCAUUGAUCUUGCAUCACGUAUACCCGACUUAAGAGGUGUGGUUCUACACAGUCCCAUCCUCUCGGGCCUGAGGGUGCUAUAUCCUGUCAAAAGAACCUAUUGGUUUGAUAUUUAUAAGAACAUUGACAAGAUCGGUUUAGUGAACUGCCCGGUUCUUGUCAUACACGGUACGGCAGAUGAAGUUGUUGAUCAUUCUCAUGGGAAACAGCUAUGGGAGCUUUGCAAGAACAAGUAUGAACCGUUGUGGCUUACGGGUGGCGGCCAUUGCAACCUCGAGUUCUACCCUGAGUUCAUACGUCACUUAAAAAAGUUUGUUUUGUCACUCGGGAAGUCAAAAGGGACCGCCAACGGGUCAAAAAACCCGACAGUAGACGUUGAGAAUCAGAAGAAAGCACCUGAAAGUGGCACCGCUGGUACUGCCGACACGUUUGAGUUACGGCCUGAACUUCCGCAAGUUUCUAGAAAUAGUUUAGAUAGUAGGCUUGAGAAGUCAAAGAAGUCAAACAAGCCGGAGAAGUCUCGAAUGAGUGUCGACAUGUUUAGAAGACGAAAGGGGUUGGUGUGGUGAUACUUACUUGUGGAGCAAGUUUUGUGUGGGAUUGUGUUAUGACGCUAAUACACGUAUAAAGAAGGUAACUUGUUACUCAAGCUUUCGAGUUUUAGUCGUGUUGUAUUAAUUUGUUUGUUAUGAAAAGUGAGUGUUGUUUCAUAUGUAGUUUUACUAUGUUCAAAAUUAUUUGUAUGUUAUUUGAUUAAAAAUCACAAUGGUCAUGAAGUGUUCCUUGUUC